AUGGCGGUAACCACAGACCUGCGCCUGACGUUCGGUGCAAUGUUCAUUGGCUCUCUCAUAUCUGUCUUUUUAUCUGGAAUUGGCAAUCUUCAAGCCUAUAUAUAUUUCCGACAUCACUGGAAAAAGGAUGCCCGGUUACUCGUCGUAACAGCUUUUGCGGUCUGGAUGCUGGACUUCCUUCACACGAUAUUUAUCUUCCAUGGAAUGUGGAUAUCUCUCGUGAUUAACUGGGGAAGUGAGCAAGAGGUUGACCAUCUAGUAUGGAGUAUUGGGGCCAGUGUUGGUGUCACUGCAUUCGUUGUGUUCCUCGUCCAAGCGUUUUUCAUUGUGCGGGUUUGGAAGUCAAACGGAACAAAUUUCUGGGUAUUGGCGUCGAUCAUAACUGCUCGGUUUUCAAUUUUCAUCAAAGAAUUCCGAGUUAGCCAUACUUCCUCAUCUAUAUCAUACGUUGACCCAAAGCGUAAACGAUUAUUUCAGUGGCUUUUUACUACUGGACUUGCGCUAGCGUGUAUCGUCGAAAUUAUACUGACAUCGUCACUAUGUUACUACCUGCAAGUCAAUCGAACCGGCUACUCAACGAUGGAUGAAAUUAUUCACAAGCUACUUAUGUACACCGUCUGUAAUGGGCUUGUCACCGCGACAGCAUCUUUGCUAGCAAUGGUGUUCAUUGUGACUAUGCCACAUAGUCUUCUCUUUCUCAGCCUGCACUUUAUUAUCGCCAAAUGCUAUGUCAACUCAUUGCUUGCGACUCUUAACUCGAGGGAUGCGCUUAAGAAGAGGGAAGACACAGGUCCUGUUGCAGUGCAGAUCUCUGUUGAAGGUCAUUCACAACCGCACUUUAGGAGUUACAGGCCGAGUCGUAAAUCACCACCCAUAAUUGACGAGCGUGGAAUUGGCCUCGUUGAUGCAGAUGCUUUCGUGGAUGACGGAAAACCAGUUGGUAGCCUCCAAGUGCACGUCCAUGUUGAACGCGCAAUCCACAGUGACGGGGAUGUCGAAGCGGCGCCGGGAAGGGAAAGUAUUUAUAAUAAGAAGCCAGGAUCGAUUACUAGUGGUGACGAGGAGCAACAGACGAGGAGCUUGCCUCAGUCUGAUCGUGCUUAG